GGAGGGGAUCACUCAGGACCGAGGCCCCUGGAGGUCCCAGGCUGGCCAAGUGGCCAUGCUGGACCCAGAAGGGCAGCAGAGGUCCCAGCCCUCCUCAUAGCUAGUGCAGAGUGACCAGCGCACAAGGAGCCAUGGACAGCUUCAUGGAGUCGCUGAACAGACUGAAGGAGGCCCAUGAGAAGGAGGUCCUGGGCCUGCAGAACAAGCUGCUAGAACUGAACUCAGAGCGGUGCCGGGAUGCCCAGAGAGUAGAGGAGCUCUUUGCCAAGAACCACCAGCUCCGGGAGCAGCAGAAGGCACUGAAGGAGAACCUGAGGGUGCUGGAGAACAGGCUGCGGGCUGGCUUGUGCGAUCGCUGCAUGGUCACUCAGGAGCUGGCCAGAAAGAAGCAGCUGGAACUGGAAAGUGCACGCCUGCAGAGCCUACAGCAUCUCUGCAUCCUCACCAAUGAGAUGAAUGGGCUGAGGGAAGAAAACAAGCUCCUGAAGGAAGAAGUGAAGAGGCUUCAGAGCCUGGGAGACAAAGCUGCACCCCAGGCCUGGGAGGGCACCUCAGGGCCCCCAUCACCCAUACCUCUUCCCUCACCCGGUAACCGGAAGGGUGCCACCGAGAACCCCCCAGGAGGCCCGGAGGAGGCUGAGGAAGAACAGCCAGGCACAGAGAAGGUGUCAAGCCACAAGACAUCCCCUGUAGCCAGAAUCUCCCCAGCUGCCAACCUGCCUGAGUCACGAGCCCUGGACAUGAGCCCUCAGUGCAUCUCCAACCAACUGCACUCGACAGUAGCUGUGGUGCGGCCAGGCUCCCGGGCCUGCCCACCAGACUGUGGCACUGCCAACGGCACACCCCCACCGCCAUCCACCAGAAGCAGCCCACCCAGCCCAGCAUAUGAACAUGGCUUCCCUGUGGACAGCUUCCUGCGGGUCUCCCGGCCAUCAGCCAUAGCCUAUGAGACCCUGAAGCGCUCCCUUCAGACGGAUCGCCUCUGCCUUCUGAAUCGCCACCUGUCUCUGCACCUGCAAAGCCCCCACAGCAGCCCCCUGGCUCCUGCUAUAGCUGCCCGUAGCCCCCUGCCCCAGGGCCUGAAGACUAGAGAGGCCGAGGCAUGGGAGGAGCCGGGUGCCUUGGUGGGCAUACAGGACCCACGGCUGGAAGGAGCACUGCAGCUGCUGCUGGUUCAGCAGCAGCUGCGAGCCCGGGCACGGGCAUGCAGUGCCAGGCUGAGGGUCCCGUCCACACAAGAAGACGUGCCAUCUUCCCCACCAGCUGGCUCGGAUUCUGAGAACUCGGAGAGUGAGGCCCCCAGGACAGCUCUGAGCACAGAGGCCCAGCCUGAUGGGUGGCACCCUCAGUCCACAGGCCAAUGUAGCCCCCCAAGGAAGGAGAUACAUGUGACCACUCAGGACUGUCCCCCAGACAAGCCUCUGGACCUCUCUGACCGGGGACGGUGUCGGGACAUCCCCAAGUCCACUCUCAGCACCACAGCUGGCCACACUCCCAGCCCCCAGCUGACCACCUUGUCCAGACCCGUGAUUCACAGCCCCCAUACUCUCAGCAAUGGCAGCAGCACACAGACCAGAGCUCGGGAGCCUGAAGAACACUCCACUCCCAAGGAUACCUCACACCCUCUCCCAGGGACCCAUGCCAGCCUGACCUCUCCUGGAAGAACAGCAGAGGAGGCUGGAGGAAGGCCCAGGCCAGUGCCCCACCUGCAGAGGCCUGACACUGAUGGGACCACAGGUAGAAUUGGGCAAGGGACGGCUGGCACCAGGCGCCCUGUGGGUGGCACUCCUCCAUUCCGGGACGCUGCCUGGUAG